AUGCUGACGGGUGUCCUCUUCACAAUUCUAUAUUUCCUAUCGCAUUUCAGCGGGCCCUCUAGUGCCGACUCAGCCUUUAGACAGGUUGGUCCUGGUAGUAGAAACUCUAAGGGUGGUGGUAACCUAGGGCCACCAAUAAUGGAGGCUGAGAUGAAUGGUAACACUAAUAACAUCGAAAAGGCUGAAGCUGGGAAUAAAGCCAUGGAUACCACUAGUAACUCAGGUACUUCUAAUGAAAAUGCUCAGCUACCUGGCAGCAAGGACCAAACCGAUUCAAAUUCAAAUUCUCUUUCAAAUAAGGAAGGACAAGAAGAUGCCGAGGAAGCUGCUGAUGCGGAGUACAGUCCCGCUAAGGAGUUCCAAAAGCUGGUUAAAUCCGCACCAAUAGUUAUUUUUAGUAAGUCAUAUUGCCCAUUCAGUAAGAAUCUAAAGAAGCUACUCGAUAAGAACUAUAGACUUGAUCCAGCUUACGUGGCUGUCGAAGUUGACCAACACCCUAACGGAGAUAAGUUGUAUAGCUAUAUCAAGAAACUAACGGGGAGAAAUACUGUACCAAAUUUGAUUGCCAAUGGUGAUUCUAAAGGUGGUUUCGAUGACAUGUUAGCCUUGCAUAACAGUAACGAACUAGAGUCAAAGUUGAUAGAAUGGGGAGUCGGAGAAUUACAAGUUAGUAAGGUAUAG